CGUCUAAUACCCUGUUCAGUAAAGUUAAUCUUCAAAUGUUUCUGCAAUUUGUUUCUUAACUUUUAAAGAAGCUGACAUAAUGUACAAACCGUUGCUCAUUUCCUUAGUUGCUUUUAUAUCUUUCCAAGGAUUGUUCUGCCAAGCUCACAUAAAAUGCGGAAGAGAUAAACAUUCCUAUUGUCUCCCACUUGCACCAAGAACUGAAUGGGGCACCAAAUUUCCGCCAAACGAAGAUGAAAUGAAAGAAUUAUGUCCGACUGCCCAAGGCUACUUUGAAUGUCUUGCAGAUUAUAAAAAGAUAUGCCCUGAUCCAUUGUUCGACCCCACGGAUGAAACAGUUGUUGCAACUCUUCAGAUAAUCAGAGAGAUCUGCAAUGAAACUUCAGCGAUGCAUAGAGAUUAUGUGAGAAAUUCAGAGUGUUAUAAAAGCAUAGCAGCUUCAGAUGUCGGACCCGAGUGCGAGAGCAAGGCGGAAAUUAUGUACAACGCUUACGUUCUUCACCGGAUUGAAUAUGACAGCAUUUAUGACGCUGACAGAACUCGUCACAGAUAUUGCAUGGAAGAAGCUUACAAACUGGCCUGCGUGUCGAUGGAGAUGGUCGAAACCUGCGGCAUCCAAGCCUACAACACAUUCCUCGAGUUAGUCCACCGGUCGAAGUUCCUGCAGCCUAUCUGCUAUGGAUCUACGAAAGAGGAACUGAAUCAUGAGUUUAUUGAAUUUGUGUACGAAGAUGAGGAGCAACAGCAGAUUUUUAAUCGGGCAUUCAAUGCGUGAAAAAAAAUCGUCAUAAACACGAAUGUAUUAAAAAA